AUUCCAUACAUUCGCAGUGCCCUUGUCUGCGUGCUUUGGAUGUUCUGCAGGCAGAUGAAGGAGGCCGACGAUAAGCGAUAAGCGACCACAACGACAACAUGUGCGAGGAGAUUCAGCGGCUGUGGGACGAAAUGCGCAACCUCAACAACAACCUCAACCGCAACCUCAACAACAUGCUGGCAAACCAUCCAAUCAGCCCUCGUGCCCCACCCCUCCUCCGACCGCAAAGGCCGCCCGGUGGCGUGCGGCCACAUGUGCCUAUGGAGCAAGGAAGGGCCCGCUUUGUGGACGGCUGGGAUGGCAAUGGGACGCAGAUACACAGUGGUAAGCAAUUCACCCGCCCACAAGAUAUGUACAUAUUUGAGGGACUCAUGCGGCAUGUGUUGUAUCAUCUGUUGUCGUUUCAAGAGUGUUUUUGGGUGAAAGGACGUUUGGUCGUGUUGUAGCCGCCAUCGAUCUGUCUACGGGGCAGCGCGUGGCCAUCAAGGUCCGUGCACAUACAAGCUAUGACACAUGCAAACAUCACACGCACCAUCACUCCUUCAGGUGGUGCGUGACGUACGGGAGUACACCGACCACGCGGAGACUGAAGCGAGUAUCCUCCGCAAAGUCGCCAUCCGUGAGAGGGAGCUCCGUCUCGAAGAGACCCGGCGCAACGCAGAAUGGGGCCGCGGAGGUGUGCUGCCCAUGCUGUCGGACUCCCGCAUCGUCAAACUCAUCGACAGCUUCUACUACUGCAAGUGGUGCAAGCGCACACGCUGUCAUCGGGAAUGUCGGGCGGCGGGGUGUGCGGCGAGGGAUGUGGGGCAGCACAUGUGUCUGGUAUUCGAGAAGCUGCAGUGUGUACGACCUCCUGAAGCGCAAGGCCUUCAAGGGCUUAUACCCAAUUGCUUAUACCUGGAGGAUGCUCUAUCGCGUGAGAGAGCGGCUAGAGAGCGGCAAACGCGCGCACGACGAACAGAACACCGCUGGAUGUGUGUUGGUUGAUAUGAUAGGUGGAUGGCGUCUGUCCAUUACAGUGAGUCAGGGCACUCCUGAGUUCUUCAUCUACGAGUAUGAGGAUGAGGUUGGAGAGUGUCUGUGGGUGUGCUACGACGCCUACACGACCAGCCAAAUGGCCGACCACGUGCUGUCCGACCUGAUGUCAACAACAGCCCACCGGGGAGACUGAUGGCGGCGAAGGACAGCACGCUGGAGCUGCGCAUCGACCACGAGACGCUGCC